GAACACGGAAACAACCCAUUCCGGUCGUAUUCCCUUCUCACUUGACCGGCCAUGAUGUUGAGUGCCGUAUCGAAGGCAGCCUCCGGGGCUUUGAGGGCUGUAAAACCCGCCCUUCUGCAAAACGAAGCUGCUAAAGUCGCUGGGGCGGUUUCAAUAAACAACCGGCAAUAUGCAAAAGCUGCGGCAUCCCCCAAGGCAGCCACCGGCUCAACCGGCAAGGUUGUUGCCAUCAUUGGUGCCGUCGUUGACGUACAGUUUGAGGACAACCUGCCGCCAAUCCUCAAUGCUCUCGAAGUACAAAAUCGCUCCCCCAGGCUAGUCCUUGAGGUUGCCCAGCACUUGGGAGAGAAUACCGUUCGCACAAUCGCCAUGGAUGGUACCGAAGGACUUGUCCGUGGACAGGCAGUCCAGGACUCUGGGUACCCAAUUCGUAUUCCAGUAGGUGCGGAAACCCUGGGACGUAUUAUCAACGUAAUCGGUGAGCCGAUCGACGAGCGUGGUCCGAUUCCGACUGAGCUGAGAGCAGCAAUUCACGCUGAAGCUCCGGAGUUCGUAGAAAUGUCCGUAGAGCAAGAAAUUCUUGUCACCGGUAUCAAGGUCGUCGAUCUUCUGGCCCCAUACGCCAAGGGAGGAAAAAUUGGUCUCUUCGGAGGUGCCGGAGUAGGCAAGACUGUACUGAUCAUGGAGCUCAUCAACAAUGUCGCCAAGGCCCAUGGUGGUUACUCCGUGUUUGCUGGUGUCGGCGAGCGUACCCGAGAGGGUAACGAUCUUUACCACGAGAUGAUUGAGUCCGGUGUAAUCUCUCUCAAGGACAAAACCUCCAAAGUAGCGCUAGUAUACGGACAAAUGAAUGAGCCCCCCGGCGCUCGUGCCCGAGUCGCCCUCACCGGUUUAACUGUUGCCGAAUAUUUCCGUGACCAGGAAGGUCAGGAUGUGCUUCUCUUCAUUGACAAUAUUUUCAGGUUCACCCAGGCCGGUUCUGAGGUGUCCGCUCUUCUUGGUCGAAUUCCAUCAGCCGUAGGUUACCAGCCAACAUUGGCAACAGACAUGGGUACUAUGCAGGAGCGUAUCACCACCACCAAGAAGGGAUCCAUCACUUCUGUCCAGGCCAUUUACGUGCCAGCUGACGAUUUGACCGAUCCCGCCCCAGCGACGACCUUCGCUCACUUGGACGCCACCACUGUGCUUUCCCGUGCCAUUGCCGAGCUGGGUAUCUAUCCCGCCGUCGAUCCCCUCGACUCCACUUCCCGUAUUAUGGACCCCAACAUCAUUGGAAGCGAGCACUACAACAUCGCUCGUAACGUACAGAAGAUCCUCCAGGACUAUAAGUCCCUUCAGGAUAUUAUUGCAAUUUUGGGUAUGGACGAGUUGUCGGAAGAGGACAAACUCACUGUCGCGAGGGCCCGUAAAAUUCAGAGAUUCCUCUCUCAGCCCUUCCAGGUCGCCGAAGUGUUCACUGGACACGCUGGAAAGCUCGUACCUUUGGCCGAGACGAUCAAAGGUUUCCAGAAGAUUUUGGCCGGAGAUUACGACCACCUCCCAGAGGUUGCCUUCUAUAUGGUUGGACCAAUUGAAGAGGUUGUAGCAAAGGCAGAAACACUCGCCAAAUCAUAAACCAUAAACCAAUAGUUAAAAGUUGAACCUUUAAACUUUAAUAAAACGCCCAGCAGGGAAUCAUUCAACGUUCCAUUGUCAUCGCCCGACUAAAAAAAAAGCAAAAGAAACAAUGUAUCAUACGGGCUCAAAUUGUGAGCUUCGCUGAUUGCUGUAAUCGAUUGAUUUGUAGUCAGGAAAAACCGUUUUAAAUAAAAUAGAUUUAAAAGUAAAAAUGAAAAGCUUUGUAUGAUGAAACAAAAAUAAUACUUCGUCACGUAUCGUGAAUUUUUACUUCUAAUUAAUCUUGAGGUUGAAAGAGCAUCUUUUAUUUUCCCGGUUAUAAAUCUAUUAUUACCGUUAUUAUUGCAUAUUAUUACUACUGAAAACUGUUAUUAAUCGAUAGAGAAGAUACACGGUGCGAUGUCGUGUUACUGUAAUCGACGCAAACAUGUAUAUUAGUUGAAAAGAGAAAAUUUAAUAAAUAAUAAAAAAAACGGAAUCACUUGGA